AUGUCGAGCGACGACGACGACAAGGACUCGAAGAAGCUGCACAGCGGCUAUCAUGGCUGGAUGAAGACGAUCGCCAAGACGUCGCAGGACUGUACUCCCGUUCGGAUUGAGGAUUCUGCUGUCGUGGUGGAGGUCGAUCUUCCCAGUGACUCGAGGUCUGCUUGGAACAGUGCAGGCACUUGGGAAGAACGGGACAAGUCUGAGUGGGCGCGAGAGCGUCUAAAACACCACAUUUUGACGUCCUUUAGCUUUGAUAAUGAAGCAGAGGGACUGAGUGUCAAGGCCACUUCGAUUGUGCGCUGUGAUGGGGAAGCUAAGGUGGUGUUUAGUCGUGGCAAGAAACGCUGCGGCUACGACCUGUCGGUCAAGUUUGCGUGGGCGAGCGGUGACGUCUCGGGCCACGUCGAGCUUCAUGACUUUGACGACACGAGCGCCGACGAGUUUGAGAUCGUCGUCACGGCGGAUGGUAGCAGUCAGUCUGAAGUCGCUGCAAAGAAGGCUGUGAUUGACAAGGAACCGGAGCUGCGCAAACUACUCGCGCUGUGGAAGGAAGAGCUACUGCAGCAAUAG